ACAACCACUCGCUAGCUUCGCCAUGUGGAGAGCUCUGAUAUUUGCCUGUUCGGCGCUGACCGUGAUCUCGGCGGCUCCCCAAUCGUCGCCGACGGGACGCGUGGUCGGGGGCAAGGAUGCAAGUGCUGCACAGUUUCCGCAUCAGAUCUCGCUGCGCUACCAGGGAGCCCACAUCUGCGGCGGCUCCAUCAUUGCCCGAGACUACAUCUUGACCGCAGCCCACUGCGUCACCGAACAACUGGAGAACGGAACUUUGAUCCCCACGCCUGCCAGUGCGAUCACCAUUCGGGCCGGCACCCUGGACCGCUUCGUCGGCGGCAUGAUAAGGAAUGUGGCUCACGUGCGAGUGCACGAGGAAUACAAAAGCUUCUGGAACGACUUGGCGCUGCUGAAGCUGGAGAGCCCGCUCAUCUACUCCAACCAGAUACGCGCCAUUCCACUGGCCAGCGCGGAGACACCGGUCGGCAGCGACGUGAUCAUCUCCGGCUGGGGCAGGCUCUGGCACGAGGGCGACUUGCCGCGCCAGCUGCAAUUCAAUACGCUCAGCGCCAUAUCGAAGCUGCAAUGCGCCACCUCCAUCGCCGUCUACAGGGAUAGCAUGCUCUGCCUGGCCCACGAGAUGGACAACGGCGCCUGCAACGGCGACUCUGGUGGCCCGGCCAUCUACAAUGGCGAGCUCGUGGGCGUCGCUGGCUUUGUGGUCAACGGCUGCGGCUCCUCCCGGCCCGAUGGCUAUGCUAAGGUGUUCUACCAUCGCGACUGGAUCAUCCAGCAUGCCAACUUGUAGAGCAAACGAUAGUACGCAAUAAAUCAAGUAAAUUAAACCAAA